AUGACGUUGAACAACAAUCAGGCAAUGAAUCAGUCACCGCUGUGUCAUCGACUGCAGUGCCAUAGGGAGCAGUCCCCUGGGCUGGAGUUUGAGGCUGCUCGUCAUGAGCUGAGGUUUGCUGUGGAGAGGAUCGCAGAACUGGAAGAGUCCCUCAUGGGCAAACAGGUGGCCCUGGACAGUGUGGUCACAGAAAACGAUAGGCUGAAAGCAGAAGUGGCCAGUCAUCACGCACAACAACAGAUGUCCAGUGAGAGGCCACGUAUUGACGGCACCACAGAAUUCAUUUCUCCAGAGGUGUGCAAGGAGUUGUCUGCUCCUGUCAAUGGGGACUCCUACUCCUCUGAGACUCACCAACUCCUUCAGCAAGUUCAACUCCUACAAGUCCAGCUUCAACAGGUGUGUGUAUCGGAAGAAGAUAUGUAA